GGAUUACACUCAAAUAGAAAAAAAAAAUCACCCUUGAGCUGUUUCCUGUAACUGUGGCAACGAGAAGCUCCAUCCAAUCGAAUGUCUUUGCUGCGUGUUUGGGAAGCACACCGUUUCCUGCGGUUUUCACUGGCUUCCUCCCAUUGGUGUGGUCAGGACUCUGCUUUGGGUCAUGGAAAGCCACACAACAUACUAGACAGACCUCAGCCGACUGCAUUUUCCUGUUUUGGGUAUUUGUUUUUUUCUUUUAAAUUUAUCUUCAAUUUCAUCAGAUUUGAUUGAUUUGAAGUCCACGGCAUGGCCACAGUGUUUCUGCUGCUGAAAUCACCAAAGGCCCAACUUUCAACAUGGCAAAAUAAUUGACAUAAACUCCUCACAACUCCAAUAAAAACAGCAGUGAUGCAGGUUGGUCACGAGGUCACCAGCAACGGCCUUUUUCAGACUCAUUCCCAACAGAGACGUCCAAUCCCACUAGACACCAUCCAGCCCAUCUACGUCCGAGCCAUCAUCAACCCUAAGCGCGGGAUGGAGGAAGCCCUCCAACCACAAGCACCGCAGCAGCCUAAUACCUGUGGAUCAUCUGGUGCUGAGAAAUCCUGCUUGGAUAUAAGGGUGGCUGUGUUUCUGGUGACUCUGGCUGGAGCUGUGAUACUGCUGCUACUCUACAAGCUCUUACAAGCGAGACACAGACUCAGCGUGGCCAGGGCGAUGCAUGCAGUGGAGUACUACAGCUUCUACCACACUGCCACCUACACCCUCAAACACCCCGGUCCAUGUCAGGACCCACCACCCAAGAACGGGACCGUCGGCGACGCUCCGCCGGUUCUGGCUGUGGCCACAGUCAAACCCGUUGAUAUCACUCCGCUCCCACUGGCACCAACACCUUCCCCAGCGGCUCCUGCCCUACCUCCACCACCUCCUCCACCCGUCCGCGCUCCAUCCUCAUGCCCUCCUGCACCUCCUGUACUGGCUGUGCCCCUGCCUGUCGUAUAUACCACCCCGCCCAGCCCUCACCCGUCACUGGGAGCUUGCUCAGACACUGACGUCUACUCUCGUAUCGGGGCUUUCAGGCCCUCGAGGCUUUCCAGCCUCUCCACCCAUUCAACUGUGAUACUUUUUGAACACUCGUCUCUUUGACUUGGGACCAAUGAUGCAAAUGUGAACUGUACUGGACCGUUCAAUAUAUUCCUUCCAGACGUUGACAGAUAUGCUUCUAUCGAGAAAUUAGGAUAUAAUGAAGUUUGGACAACUAAAAAAAUACCAGCCUUUGGCCAGAACCGCGAAAGAGAAUUCCAACACAAAACACCUUUGUUCUGUUCUUACAGUAACUACUGUAAUACCACUUCUCUCUGUCAUCCUUUCAUUUUCACUGCAUGUAGGGCCUAAAAAUUUGUGUGAUGAAGGACGAAAGGUAACAAGGUGAUGAGACGAUGAGUUGAUGAGCAAGAGGUUUGACCUAAACCUUGUGGCAGUUGUUCAGGGCUCUUCAGUAACCACGCAAACAAAGCAGAUUGACAGCUGCGAUGCUCAGGACAGGACAGGACUUUGUAUAUUUUACAACUGUUGGCAGUUGGGCAAAACAUCACAUUUUUAAUAAGUUUGUUUCUUAUAAUUCUUCAAUCAAAGCAUUCAAAUAUAGAUUUUUUAGAAACGAUGGAUAUUUGCAUAAGAACUUAAGAAGAUAAGAUAUAAGAAGAGCAAAUGUUACACUUGCACAAAGUCAAUUCAAACAUUUGUUACAACCAGAACCCACAUAUCUUAAAACGUGGCAUAGACAUAGACAUAGACUAGUCCCAACCACCGCCAGAGCAGCUGGAUCACUGAGCUCAUAGCUUCCUCUUCCUGGCCUUGUUUUCCAGAGCAGGAUCUCCUCCCAUUCAUAUCACUCAGUCUCAAGAGUCAGUUGUACUCUCUUUAUGUUUCAGACAAGGAUUUUUAAUUGCUCUUAGCAAACUGAAAAGCACAACACAGACCUUAACAAGCACACAUUAUGCAUGUUGUAGUGUAGUGUAGAUCAUAAAUUCACAAACAAAGAUGUUUCAGCUGAAGGUGGUGUGUUGCUGCUUCUCGCUGCUGAAAGCGGAGACCUCAUGUGACAUAUCUGUUUCUGUCUGCGUCUGCUCGUGGAGGCACCGUCUCCAUACUAAAAGCCUUUUAAUUCAAUCUGAGCAUGCACUGCAGCGUUGUCUCUUAAUUUGUUGUAAACCGAGAAGGAAAAGCAUUUGUAACAAUACACCAUGGUAGGAAUUCAAUGAAACAAGGGGAUGUCAUUCAAGGAUAAAUAUGAAUGUGUGUGUUCAUGAGCUGAUCACAGUAGGGGAAGAUUUUCAUUAUAGAUACACAAUGUAGUUGAUUGUGUUGAUUUUUUUUCACAAGCAGGUUGGUGUAAUGCGAUUAAAUGGAAGCAAAAAUAUUCAUCUACCCAAUUCAUUUAAAUUUGUUAUUUAAAUCCAUUUUAUAAGCAACUUGUCUCAUGGUAGUGCUUUAUAUCCAAGUUUCUCAUUAUGAGCAGGUGUCAUGUUUUCCACCAGGGGGAGACAUUCGUAUAUACGUAGUGCCUCUGUAUAUAAAUACACACACUAUAUAAUUAGGUAGUUAGGAACAAUUGUAGGAAGCCUGUCCUCAGCUAUGUAGUAUAAUGUGGGCAGAUCUUUUGCUCACAAAAGCACUGGAACAUGUGGCUGACAGGUGCGUUUUGUGGGGCUAAGUGUAAACGCUGGUGGGUGGUGACAAGAACAUGUGAAAUGUUAUAGUGUUAUAUAAAUGACUUCACAUAAAUGAUACAAUGUCUUUGUUCCUGGAAUAAACCUAAAUGAGGUUUGUGUUAAA